GCGGGCUGCUCCCAAAGGACAGAAGGGCACGCGAGUCCAGCCCGCCUCCAGGUUACAGGAGGUCGCUGUCCUGGGCUGCUCCCUUUAGUUUUCUCGGGCGGAGUCUUCCGUGAGCACGGUUGGAUUUGUCUGUGCCACCGUUUCUCUUCAGGGUUUCAAUAAAGUUUUCCUCUUCCUCCGCUUGUACGGAGCUCAAGAUGGCGGCCUCCCUGUCGCCCUUGGUUACUCUGCGAUUAGUGCAGAGCCGGCUGAGAGGGAGAUGUUUUGGGUGCAGAGCCUGGUCCGCUGCUCUCGCCCCUCCGGCCACCGCCCCUGGGAACCCCUUUUGGAAAGCCUAUGCAGUUCAGACAUCGGAGAAUGUGCCUUCAGCUGCAGUGUCAGAGGCUUAUACGAAAGCUUUGGCUGUUUGCCACGGACCUCUGGAGCACUAUGACUUUCUGAUCAAAUCUCAUGAGCUAAAGGACGAUAAACAUCAGAGAAGAGUCAUACAGCGUUUGCAGAAACUACACGAGGACCUUAAAGGAUACAGUAUAGAGGCAGAAAGCCUUUUUUCAAAGCUUUUUUCAAGGAGGAAACCUCCAAGAGGCCUGUAUGUUUAUGGAGAUGUUGGUACAGGGAAAACAAUGGUGAUGGACAUGUUUUAUGCAUACGUGGAAAUGAACAGGAAAAAGCGGGUUCAUUUUCAUGGUUUCAUGCUAGAUGUUCACAAAAGAAUACACCGCCUUAAACAGAGUUUGCCAAAGAGGAAACCAGGAUUCAUGGCUAAAUCAUACGAUCCAAUAGCUCCCGUAGCUGAGGAAAUCAGCGAAGAAGCAUGUCUCUUAUGUUUCGAUGAAUUUCAGGUCACUGACAUUGCUGAUGCCAUGAUUCUGAAACAGCUUUUUGAAAAUCUGUUCAAAAAUGGGGUCGUCGUUGUGGCAACAUCCAACAGGCCACCGGAAGAUCUCUAUAAAAAUGGACUCCAAAGAGCUAACUUUGUACCAUUCAUAACUGUCCUGAAGAAGUACUGUAAUACGGUCCAGCUAGACUCUGGGAUAGAUUACCGGAAAAGGGAACUUCCUGCUGCAGGAAAACUCUACUACCUCACAAGUGAAGCUGAUGUGGAGGCUGUCAUGGAUAAGUUGUUUGAUGAGCUGGCUCAGAAACAAAAUGAUUUAACUAGACCAAGGAUUCUAAAAGUGCAAGGCAGAGAGCUGCGGCUGAAUAAAGCCUGUGGAACCGUUGCCGACUGCACAUUUGAAGAGCUAUGUGAGAGACCCCUUGGAGCCAGUGACUAUUUGGAGUUAUCAAAGAAUUUUGAUACCGUAUUUUUGCGAAACAUUCCACAAUUUACACUGGCAAAAAGAACUGAAGCUCGAAGAUUCAUCACUCUCAUUGAUAACUUUUAUGAUUUCAAGGUGCGCAUAAUUUGCUCUGCAUCGGCUCCUUUAUCAAACUUAUUUUUGCAUCAACAUCAUGACAGUGGGUUGGAGCAAGGCAGAAUACUGAUGGAUGAUUUGGGGCUGAGCCAGGACUCAGCGGAAGGACUUUCCAUGUUUACUGGAGAAGAGGAAAUCUUUGCAUUUCAGCGCACGAUUUCCCGACUCACAGAAAUGCAGACUGAACAGUACUGGAAUGAAGGGGACAGAAGCAAGGCAUAACCAUCACUUUUGCAUGAAUAAAACUCCAGACAAAUGAUUACCGCAGGGAGAACUCUUUAUUAUGGGACUUGAAGGAAUCAUUUUCUCAUCAUUAAUUAUGUACUUUGUCCUCUGGACCAUUGUAAUCUAAAAUUGCCGUCAAAGAUGGGUUCGUAAGUUAAAGCCAUUUGUAUAGGUCUACUUUUGCCUCUUUUUUGGCCUAAUUUCUGCACCACAAAAUUAAAAUCAGCACUACUGGAAAUUAAUAUAGGAGCAGACAUUUGGCUUCAUAGUAAGCUACCUGAACGAAUCUUGAAUACAACACGCAGUAAAUGCAGGGUGUCUGGACAUCUCCGAGCUCUGGCUACAUAAUAGAAAAAUAUAUAUCUUUUAUGAGAGGGGAAGAAAAUCCCUUUAUUUCAACCCAAAGCAAAAAAGUGUUCUGAUCUUAUAAACUAAAGCGAAUAACAUUUUAGAAUAUGGGCUUAUACAUGGGAUUUGGGGGAGCUCUAUAUUAUACUAAUGUCCCAGGCCUUCAGGUUUCCACACAACAGAGAAUAUAUUUUUUACCCUGAGGUCAAGUUUGGCAGCCAGGACCUGAUCUCCAGCAGAUACAGAGUGGCCUGAACAAAUUGAAGAUUAUGACACCAGAGAAUCAGGAGCAAGAGUGUCAAAUUGCAGCUGGACAAGCAGAUCCCCCAACUCUGACAGCCAGAAAUAGGACAGAUACCAGGAAUGGGGACCAGUGAGAGAGGGUUGGGAGCGGACAGAGUCCUGGACACACCAAGGGCAGAGUGGGCUCCUGCUUCCCUGAGCCCAGCAGGACCACCGUGGACAGCGGGCUCCUUCGGCUGCUCCUACGCGUUUGCUCUGGUCACAGACGCCACUCCCCAACCUUGCCUCUGCUUCAGCAGGGAGAUGGACCUAGUAGUAACCUGGAAAGAACACUUGAUGAAUUUACUUAAAUAAAAUCCGAUUUGUCCUUCACUGAGGUCAUUCUUUGAUUCAUUCAAGUACAACCUGACUUUGCUAUUAUUGUCACGGAAAGGAUCUUGGUUGAGGCUGUUACAAAAGUCUAAGUCCCUCUUCAAGAAAAAAAAGAGAAAAGAUAAAAAGGCGAAAUCCACAAAGUCUUGUAAAAAUCAAAUAUUUUGGGGGGGUAGACACAGGUGAGUCAGUUCAAAUAAAUGAGUACUGUCAUCAGCAUAAGGAAGCUCAUUGAACCUGCUUAAUUUAUAAAUGAGUAGUCUAUCCACAUUAGUCUAUUUUGAACAUUAACCUAAGUCAAGCAGAUAAAUGGGUAUGGUACCUAAGUACAGAGAAAUGUUUAAAUCAAGGCUUCUGAAACUUAACUGUGGUUUAAAAAUAUUCUUAUUGAAGUAAAACAGUGAGUUCAAGAAGAGGUUAAAUAGGUUAAGAGGGAGAAAGGAU